AUGGCAGUUACUAGAGAGAAAGAAAAUUGUUCAAGAAAUAUUAAUGGAAAUAUACCUGCAUUAUCUCUCAAUAGUGAUAAUAUGUCGACGUCGACGGACAGUGACGACGUAGCGGACCCGACGUAUGAAAUUAGGAACAUUCAAAGCAUCAUAAACGUAACCCGUGAAAACAUUGACGCUCUGAAUGCAAAAUUUGCUGGUUUCCAGCAUCCACCGUCAUUGUAUUUGUCUGAAUACCAGGAGCUAACGUCGAAGUUGCAUAAUUUAGAGUUACGAGAACGAACUUUACGUGAAUUGCUGCAGUGUGAAUCGCCGGACAGAAGUGAGGAGUACUCGUUGCAGGAUGACAGUAAAAAGUUCGAUACUCUUACGCGGCAACCGAAGGUGUUCCUGCGGGCGCACCUGCCGAACCAGCAGCGGACGAGUGUGCAGGUGAAGGAGGGCGUGACGCUGCGGGACGCGCUCUCCAAGGCGCUGAAGCUGCGCAACCUGACUUGUGAGAUGUGUGAAGUGGUGCGGACAGGCAAUGACCUAGUGAUACCUUGGGACAUCGACAUUACUAUGAUCGACGCCGAGGAGGUGACAGUACGGACAUUGGACAAGCUCCCGAUAAUGUCCCACAUAUCGCACCAGUUCACUCGGAAGACAUUCUUUACACUCGCCUUCUGUGAGUGCUGUAGGCGACUGCUGUUCAACGGCUUCUACUGCUCGCAGUGCAAUUUCAAGUUCCACCAGCGAUGCGCCGACAAAGUGCCCAGUAUCUGUCAUCAGGUGCGUAUGACGGACACGUACUACGCAGCGCUGUUGGCACAGAACCCUGAGACACAAGCUGGCAUUCUGCACUUCCCUCCACACUUCGGAUACCAUCACAUGAUCUCUAGAACGGACCAGAGCAAGUCUAUCUCUCCAGCAAAGAAAAUGAAGGAGUUUGAUGUCCACUGGCACCAGCACCCGCGCUCCUUGAACCAGCAGGACAGAUCCAACUCCGCUCCAAAUGUCUGCAUUAACAUGGUGCAGAGACCUAUGACCCUCGCUGAACAUCAGAGGAAGCAUAACCAGGGUAACAACAACUCGCCGCAGUCCUCGAACUACCUGACUUCGGGCAGACACAAACAGGAUGACAAAGACAAGGCCGUAGACCAGCAGCACAGCCAGAGUACACAGGCGUCUCCGACGGGCACGCUCAGGCCGCGGCGUGCGCGUGCGCGCUCGGCGGACGAGUCGUGGAAGAACGCGCUGUCACCGCGAGAGAGCUACGACGACUGGGUCAUACAUGCCGACGAAAUACUCAUCGGGGCUAGGAUAGGGUCUGGCAGUUUCGGAACAGUGUACAAGGCCCACUGGCACGGCCCCGUGGCUGUGAAGACCCUCAACGUGAAGACUCCUACACCUGCUCAGCUACAGGCCUUCAAGAAUGAGGUGGCAGUCCUCCGCAAAACCCGGCACUGCAACAUCCUUCUAUUCAUGGGGUGCGUGUCGAAGCCGUCGCUGGCGAUAGUGACGCAAUGGUGCGAGGGCUCGUCCCUGUACCAGCACCUGCACGUGCUCGAGACUCCGUUCCCACUGCUCUACCUCAUCGACGUCGCGAGGCAGACUGCGCAGGGCAUGGACUACUUGCAUGCUAAGAAUAUUAUUCAUAGGGACCUGAAAUCAAACAACAUAUUCUUGAGAGAUGACUGGUCUGUUAAAAUUGGAGAUUUCGGUCUAGCCACGGCCAAGGUGCGGUGGUCCGACACAUCUACAGCGGGAGGUAUCCAGUGGCAGCAGCCGACGGGCUCGAUCCUGUGGAUGGCCCCCGAGGUCAUUCGCAUGGAGGAACCCGCGCCGUACACCUUCCGCUCCGACGUCUACGCGUACGGAAUCGUGCUCUACGAACUCAUGGCAGGGGAACUGCCUUAUGCACAUCUUAAUAACAAGGAUCAGAUCCUCUGGAUGGUCGGGCGAGGUUUCCUGCGACCUGACGCUCGCCGAGUGCGCCAGGACGCACCACAGGCCCUGAAGCGUCUGUUCGAGGACUGUAUCAAGUUCGACAGAGAGCAACGUCCUCUCUUUCGUCAAAUCCUGGCCUCACUAGAGUCCAUGCUGCGCGCCAUGCCCAAGAUCACGCGCAGUGCUUCCGAACCGAACCUCAACAGACAACUGCAUGCGUCCGACGACUACCUCAGCUACAGCUGCGCGUCGCCCAAGACACCGGUCAACUUCCAGUUCAACACCGACACCAGUUUCCCGGCGUUUUACGGCAUCCCAGUGCCCAACCAGCGGCACCCGUAG